AUUGACCCAUCCUAUCUACCCUCCUUUCCUUCCUUCUGCCUUAAAACCGCCGCCUCCCUCAUCUUAUGACCACUGCCAUAAACUCCGACGACGAAGAAAUUAAUCCAGUCACAAUGCUACUACUAAAUGAUACUAAUGAUAGUGAUAACGAUGAUACUAAAAUUAUAGAAUUACUUCCUACAACAAUUCAACACAAAACUUACCUCCUCAACUCCGUCAACUCCACCGUCGUAAUCCGUCAGCUUCCGUCACAAGGUAUCUCCUUCCAACUCUGGCCGGCCGCCGAUACCUUCGUCAAACUGCUAGACGGUUACAACGCCUCUAACACCGAUAAAUUCUCCGCCUGCCUUACUUCCUUCGUUAACCGCCGUUCACGCCUCCGGAUUCUAGAAGUAGGAUCCGGCACCGGAAUCGUCGGAAUCUCGGCCGCCGCCAUACUCGGAGCUGACGUCACGGUGACGGAUUUGCAUAACGUGCUUCCGAAUCUGAAAUUCAACGCUGAUGCGAACGCCGGUGUGAUAGGUCCACGUGGCGGUGGAGUACACGUGGCGGCGCUUAGUUGGGGAGAGAUUGAUGAGAUGGAAGUGAUAGGGAGAGAAUAUGAUAUGAUUAUAGGUUCAGAUGUUGUGUAUCAUGAUCAUUUAUAUGAGCCUUUGAUUCAGACUUUGAAGUUUUUAUUGUUAAGUGAAAAUGAUAAUGGUGAAAAGGUGUUUUUGAUGGGGCAUUUGAGGAGGUGGAAGAAAGAAUCUGGAUUUUUUAAGAAGGCAAGAAAAUGGUUUCGGGUCGAUUUGAUACAUGAAGACGGUCCAUCAAGUGUGUCUCGAACUGGCGUUGUUGUUUACCGUUUUGCUAGGAAAGAUUCUGUCCGUGGUUAGAUAGUAGUUUCGGCUAAUGUUAAAGUAAUCAAGCCGAGUUAAGCUGAGCUUGACAGUUUUAAACUAAUCUUGAUCAAUAAACUUGGCUUUUGAUUCAACCA